CGAUCGCCCCCAUUUUCUAAUCCAAUUUCUACCAGACCGCAAACUAGAUGGAGAGCACCGUGCCCAAGUGGUGGAAAGAGGCCACUAUCUACCAGAUCUAUCCUGCUAGCUUCAAAGACUCGAAUGGUGAUGGAUUGGGCGAUAUUCCCGGGAUAAUAUCAAAGCUGGACUAUCUAAAGGCUCUCGGGGUGAACGUACUCUGGAUCUGUCCGUUCUACAAAUCACCUCAGUAUGACAUGGGCUACGAUAUCUCAGAUUACCAAGACGUGCACGCGCCGUACGGCACCAAAGCGGAUAUCGAUGCGCUCAUCUCUGGGGUGCAUGAGCGUGGGAUGAAAGUCAUCUUCGACCUCGUAGUAAACCACACCUCGCACGAGCAUGCAUGGUUUCAAGAGAGUCGAAGUAGCAAGCAAAGUCCGAAGAGAGAUUGGUAUAUCUGGAAACCGGCGAAGAUGGUAGAUGGGAAGAGGGCACCGCCGAAUAACUGGAGGAGCAACUUUGGGGGUAGUGUGUGGCAGUGGGAUGAACAUACGCAGGAGUACUACCUCCACUACUUUGCACCCCAACAGCCCGACCUGAAUUGGGAGAACCCCGAAGUCCGGAAAGCAGUCUAUGCAACAGCUGUGAACUACUGGCUGGACAAAGGUGUCAACGGCUUCCGGAUCGACACAGUAAACAUGUAUUCCAAAUGGCUCGAUUUCCCUGAUGCCGACAUAGUCGACCCGAGUACGCCCUGGCAGCCGGCUGACAAGUUCUAUUCCAACGGGCCAAGACUGCACGAGUUCCUCAAGGAGAUGCACCGUGAGUGUUUUGGACGAUACGACGUUGUCUCGAUUGGCGAGUGCCCUAAUACUCCAAACUUCCACGAUGUCCUCCCCUUCGUCAGCACGAAAGAGAAAGAACUCGAUAUGGUCAUCCAGUUCGACCUCGCAUCGAUGGAUCAUGGCGGAGGAGAGCUGCGCCUGUGGCACCGGGACUGGAGUUUGAGGCUAUUCAAGGCCAUCACAGAGGAUGCGCAGAAGCUCGCUAUCCCCGAACAUGAUGGCUGGUGCACCACCUACUUGGAAAAUCACGACCAGGCGCGUUCUGUCAGCCGGUUUGCUAACGACGACCCCAAGUAUCGUGUGGCAGGAGCCAAGAUGCUCGCUACGUACCUCCUGACACUCUCCGGCACGCCCAUUAUCUUCCAAGGCGAGGAGCUGGGGAUGGUCAACAUGCCUCCCUCGUGGGACGUCGACAAGGAGUACAAAGAUCUGAACACGAUAGACUACAUGGUCGAGCUGCGCCGGAUGGCAGGGUCGGACAAGGGCAUGCUAGAGAAGGGCAUCUACGGCGCACAGCGGACGGCACGAGACCACGGGCGCACGCCCAUACAGUGGGAUGAUUCAUCCCAGGCUGGAUUCAGCACGGCGAAGGACACGUGGAUGCGGGUGAACGACAGCUACAAGGAGAUAAAUGCUGCUACUGAGGAGAAGGACGCCAAUUCGGUACUUGCAUUCUAUCGCCAGCUCUUGACGCUGAGGCAGGAGUACAAAGAGCUCUUCAUAUAUGGCAUGUUUGAGCUCCACGAAUCCGAGGACGACAACACCAUCACGUACAUCAAGCGGAAUGGAGACCAGAAUGCGCUGGUGCUGCUCAACUUUACGAAUCAAGAUCAGUCGUUCGUCAUUCCUUCGACGUUUAAGGGUCAGCCAGAGCUGCUGCUGAGCAACUUGCCUAAAGCGGGGAAACAUGUGCUGAGACCGUAUGAGGCGAGGAUAUAUGUUAAUAAAGGGAAGCGGGUGGUGAACGGCGCCUGAAGAGCACGCGAGGUAGAAGCUGGACAUUGUCAUGCGAGCCAGUAAUAAAUGACAUUGUCCCG